GGGAUAGGAUUUCUCCGCCAAUUCGCCUCGCGGCUCCUCGACUCCGUCGGCGGUAUGUUUCCUCCUCGACCCAUUAAAUCCUGCGGAUCGUCAUCGCUUCCCCUCCGAUCCCUCUUCUCGCUUCCAUCUCCUCCUCCUCCUCCGCUUCGCGGGAGCCCUUGUUGGAUCGCCCCUGACCUUCGCCAUUGGCAUUGGAGUCCAUGGAGCAGCCGCUGCCGUCACACCCUCCCAUCUUCAUCGACCCCGAGCUUGGCGCUGACACCGGCGAGAAGGAUUCCAAUUUGGUUUCGGCUGCUAUGUUUGAUGAUACAGACCUGCCAACUGGUGUUGAAGCACCCGAACCUCGGUUGACGAAUCCUCCUGCUGCCGAAGAGCCAAAAAAGAACAAGAAGAUCAUUGUUGAAGAUGAGAUCGAUGUGAAGUAUAAAUCAUUUAAGAAAUUUGAUACUGUUAAAGAACACUCGGAUCACUAUUUCAGCAUCCCAGAGCAUCUCGAUGGUGUUCCGUCUUGUCGGGAAAUUAAGCCUUCAAAAAAUUGGGCAAAAAGGAUUCAGCUUGAGUGGAAGCUUCUAGAGAAAGAUUUACCUGAAACAAUAUAUGUUCGCGUAUAUGAAGGUAGGAUGGACAUUCUGAGGGCUGUUAUUAUAGGAGCAGCAGGAACUCCAUAUCACGAUGGUCUAUUCUUCUUUGAUGUAUACUUUCCUCCACAAUAUCCACAUGUUCCUCCUAUUCUUCAUUAUCACUCUGGUGGACUCAGACUCAACCCAAACUUGUAUAAAUAUGGGAAGGUUUGUCUCAGCCUUUUGAAUACCUGGUAUGGCAUGGGAUGCGAAAGGUGGAAUCCAUCCAAGUCAACAAUGUUGCAGGUCUUGGUUUCUAUUCAGGCUCUAGUUCUAAAUGCAAAGCCAUACUUUAAUGAGCCAGGAUAUGCACGAACAACUAAUACAGAGUAUGGGGAGCAGAAAUCCCUCACUUAUAAUGAAAAUACCUUUCUCUUAUCCUGCACCACAAUGCUAUACUCACUACGGAAGCCGCCGAUGCAUUUUGGUGACUUCGUGGCUGGACAUUUCCGUAACCGGGGGCGUACCAUCCUAGUCUCGUGCAAAGCUUACAUGGAUGGUGCUCAAGUUGGAUGUGUUGUCGGUGAAGGCGAGUUUAAGAGUUGUUCGACCACAUUCAAGACAUCUUUACAGAGACUAUUCGAGGACCUUCUUAUGGAAUUCACUAUCAAAGGCGCUAAUUGUGAUGGAUUCCUGGCCGAGAAGGUCAAAGAAGGAAUGGGCAAAUACUGCUGGAUGCUAGUUUUAUCAUCGUUCAAACAAGCUGGUAAAUACUGCUGGACGCUAGUUUUAUCAUCGUUCAAACAGGUUGGUAAAUAUUUUAGUCUUGGCGCCCAUUAAUGGAAAAAAAACACAGCAACUGCAUCAUCUCAGGUUUUUUGGUUUUAGUUUGCUAGGCAAUAAAUCAUUCUAAGGAAAUGAGAAGUUUAUUUGCAUUGCAUUUCUUUGGUUCAUCAAUGAUUAAUUUUUCUUCUAGGUUGAUUUUUAAUUGAGUUUACAUUCAAUUAGUCGCCCAGUUUAGUUGUUUGUAAUUUCCAUGCUGGGACUGGUUUUAAUGUCUUAAUCUUUCAAGA